GUGUAUGCAUGCAAUGAUUGAUGAAUGACAAAAACAAUAUUCAAGUAGAAAUGAAGACAAGACCUAAUUAAUGUGUUUUUAUUUUUGUUCUUUUUUCUGCUUCACUGGUUUUACUAUGUGGAUGAUAUAUACCAUGCAGGAGGCAGCAAUGACUUUGAUGGAUAUCUUCUUAAGUGUCGUCGUGUGAGUAAAAAAAUAGCUAGGAACCCCAUUAUUCAUUUUAAUAGAAUUAUACAACAAUAUAAUUUGUUAGGAAAAUUCACUGUAGUCAGUUGGUUUCGGGAAAGACACUCGUGUAUACAAAACAGUUAUUGAGAAUGUUGUGUUAUGCAAUUUAGAGAAUUGAAACUGGCAUUCAGAUUAAAAAAUGAAGUGGAGCCAGUUAUUCAAAGCUAAACUAGCUGUAUUUAUAGCGUUGUGUACAGUAUCAUCAUCACAUCGGACAUAUCCACCAUCUUGGAUUGAAGUCUGCAAAGUGACAAGAACUGUGGAUAGAGAAUCGAAACAUAUAGAGUUAAACUGUUCGCUUAGUGGUAAUGACCAAGUAACCAUUGUCCUUAAACAUUUAAAUGAUUACACGUCAAAUCUAACAGAAGACAUUUCUUACAGUGCAAAUUUUCAUUGCACUGGCGCUGGAAAUCUGUCCAUGUCCUUGCCUAUGAAGAUAGAGAAAUUAGUGAAACUAAAGAUUGAAGGCUGUAGUGUGCGGGAUUACUUCAACGAUUGGAACAAUGCUGAAAUGGAUAACAGGACUGAUAGUUUAGAAUCACUGACUAUUAUUAACUCAGAUAUUGUUAUCGACCCCAUUGUUCUUUUUAGCAGUCUUAACAAUGUGCAAAACAUUACUAAGGAAUUUACCUGUGGUCACGAUGCAACCAUUAAAAAGAUAACCAGAAGAAACAUGACCAUGUCUUUUAUUAUCCGAAAAGAACUCUUAACUGAAACUACUUCCGGGCCACAGAUGGACCAGGUACAACUUAUCAAUGAUGUGUUAGAUUAUAAACCCAUUUGCAGGUAUCUCCAUUUGGAAGAACUUGAAGAUUCCCAUGCUAACACCAUGGUUGUCUAUCACGUCAGAGUUGUGGGUCAAAAUUCCAAAUUUCCAGUUUUGAAAUAUUUAAAUUAUUCUCAUAACAAUUGGAAGGAAAUAUCGGAAACCUUGUUAGAUUGGAGACUAACGUUCCCGCAACUGAAAUACCUAGAUCUUAGUUACAAUAAAAUCACGGAUGUUCCAAUGAAAAAUAGAUUCGACGUUGAACCGGGUGAGGAUACUAUCAUUGAUGUAACGCAUAACAAUAUAACUGUGCUUACUGUUAAAGAUCUGGUCGAUUGGUCAAUGUUGGAACGAAUGUUCAUUGAUAUUAGGAAUAAUCCUUUGGACUGUGAUUGUUUAAAACAGGAAUUUAUUUACCAGGUUCAAGAUGAGGAUUGGUUUGUUGGUGAUUUGUUUAAAUAUAAAUAUAUCAGAAAUAUGACUUGUGCCACUCCACUUUCAGCUCGUGGUAAAAUGUUACACUAUUUGACUAAAGAAGAUAUGGGAUGUGCGAUACCCCCAGCUGAUCUGACUGUAGCUCUCGUUAUAUUGGCUAUUGUUGCUUUUUCGGUGGUUGUAAUAAUUAUUCUAAUUGCACGAUAUAGAAAGGAAAUCAAAAUAAUUAUUUAUACAAGAUUUGGUGUGCUGUUUCCCUGGGAUGUGGAUGAUAAAAAGGAGUCUAAACGCUACGAUGCAUUCGUUUCAUACAGUACGGCGGAUGAGGAUUGGGUUUAUGAUGUACUCCAGAAUACUUUGGAACAACCGAAAGCCAAAGGAACCAAGCCAUUUGAAUUAUGUCUUCAUCAAAGAGAUUUCCUUGGUGGCAAAACCAUUUUGGAUAACAUCAUUGACAGUAUUGAGAACAGUCGACAUUCUAUCGUCAUCUUGUCUAAUAACUUUAUUCAGAGUAUAUGGGGGAUGGAAGAAUUUAAACAAGCUUACUAUCAGAGUAUUGUGAAGAAGCAUCGUCAUUUAAUCAUUGUCAAGUAUCAGGAAGUCCCAGAAAGCAAAAUGGAUCCUAUAUUGAAACGUUGCCUUAAAACGUUUACCUAUUUGGAUGUUAAAGACAAUAUGUUUAUGGAUCGACUGAGGUUUUCGCUCGUCGUGAAAAACCAGGCAAAUAAAAAGUAAUUUAUAAUAUACUGACACAUUACUAUAAACCCAUUUAUUGUUUAAAGCUUUAAUCGUAUUACCAAAGAAUAAUUAUAAAAUGUGCUUGCAAAGAACUGUUUCAUUAAAAAAAAUAAUGGGCAAUUGUUAUAUUAAACACUGGGAAUAUGGAUAUCUCUGCCCGAUUUGCGAUUUAU